CCGCCAAAUUUUCUCAUACACCCCUAAAUUCGACAUAUUUCAAUAGUCGGAGACUAUACUCAAACAGGACGGCUCAAAAAGUAACGCAGAACGAGCCGGAAUUCCAAAAGUCUGUGAAAUCACAAUCUGAACUUCUACAACCUCAACGAGCAAGUCGUGAAACUGAAGACACCAGUGAAAAUUCGAGCAUAAAUGAAGAAAGCAAUGUUAUUUCCAAUUUCCUAGAACCAGCAGACAGCUCUCAGACAUUUUCCACGACAUCUCCCUCUCCGGGAAAGAGUCUGUCUUUGGGUAAAGAUAUAAUCAAGCUACUCAAACUUGCUCGCCCCGAGUACAGGCUCUUGGCCUUUGCAUUGGCGUGUUUGCUCAUCACUUCUGGUGUUUCAAUGUCGUUGCCUCUUUUCAUUGGAAAGAUCAUUGACACAGCCGAAGUUCCCACAUCCGAAAACGUGUCUAUAGAAGAAGUGCAAGUGUUAGGAGUUUCCCCUAAUGUCCCAGACUUAAUUUUAGGCUUGGAACCAUACCAGUUCUACAUUGGCUUAGGAGUCUUGUUUACUGUUGGAGCCGUAGCUAACUUUGGUCGUUCGUAUCUUUUGCGAUCUGUAGGCGAAAAACUUGUGGCCCGGUUGAGGUCGCGCUUGUUCCUGAAGAUUCUUGCCCAAGACUCCUAUUUCUUCGAUAUUGGACCCACGAAAACGGGAAUGAAAACCGGGGACUUGAUUUCGAGAAUCUCCAGCGACACACAGAUUAUUGCCAAAACUCUCAGUGGCAACAUCAGCGACGGUGCCAGAUCUUUGAUAAGUGGUCUUGUAGGACUUUCCAUGAUGUGCUUCGUUUCGUGGAAAUUAACUCUUUGCAUGAGUAUGAUUUUUCCUCCAUUAAUUGUAAUGUCUUGGUUCUACGGAAGAAAGAUUAAGGCAUUGUCGCGUUUAAUCCAGGAGAAUAUUGGGGCUAUGAGUAAAGUCACUGAGGAGAAGUUGAAUGGAGUAAAGACUAUUCAGGCAUUUUCGCAACAAAAGAUGAUGGUCCACGACUACAACGUGGAAAUCAAAGAGAUCUUCAACAACUCUAUCCGUGAAGGAAAACUCGCCGGAAUUUACUAUGGGUUCAAUGGGUUUUUGGGAAACAUCACCAUGAUUGGUUUGUUGGUUGUCGGAGCCAAAUUAAUAGGGAUGGGUGAGUUAACUAUAGGUGACUUGUCCAGUUUCAUGAUGUAUGCUGUUUAUACUGGUAGUUCUGUCUUUGGAUUGGGAAACUUUUACACCGAACUCAUGAAGGGGAUUGGGGCAGCCGAUAGAAUCUUUGAGUUGAUAGACUAUAAGUCUAACAUCCCGAUCCAUUUAGGAAAGAAAGUCGACAAUCUCUAUGGAGACAUCAACUUCCAAAAUAUCAACUUCAUAUAUCCCUCCAGAAAGGAUUCUACUAUUUUCCGGGACAUGAACAUGUCCAUCAAACAAGGUCAAAAUGUGUGCAUCGUAGGACCUUCAGGUAGUGGAAAAUCUACGAUAUCACAGCUAUUGCUAAGAUUCUAUGACCCACAGAGUGGUCAGGUUCUUGUCAAUGGCCACAACAUCCAAGACUUGAAUUUGAACUUCUACAGAACGAAAAUUGGCUACGUACAGCAAGAACCAUUGUUGUUCAGCGGAACAAUCAAGGAGAAUAUUUUGUUUGGGAAAGAAGAUGCCACCUUUGAGGAGAUAGAACAGGCAUUGAGACUAAGCAAUUCCUAUGCAUUUGUGAACAACUUACCCCAGGGCAUCGAGACUAAGAUUGGUGCCUCUACCAGUACACAAUUGAGUGGAGGUCAGAGGCAGCGGAUUUCGUUGGCUAGAACGUUGAUUCGUCGUCCAAAGAUCUUGAUACUUGAUGAGGCUACUUCCGCUUUGGACUCCAUCAGUGAAGAAAUCGUCAUGAGGAACCUCUCUCACUUGAACAAGGAAGAAGGAGUGACGAUUAUUUCCAUUGCCCAUAGGUUAUCCACUAUUAAGAACAGUGAGCGCAUAGUAGUGUUGAACCAAGAGGGAGAGAUAGUAGAGGACGGUAAGUUUGACAGCUUGAUUCUGAAUCCUUCCAGCGAGUUCAACAAGCUCUUGCAGAGUCAUAGUGUCGAGUAGACUACUGAUUAUGGAAAUGGAAUUACGAAGUACAACGAGAGACGAAGAGGGGCUUUAGCUGCAAAAAAAAAGAGGCGCAACUGCUGAUAAGCGAAUGUCGCGUUGCAACCAUCAAUUGCAAAGUGUCGCUUCUUCAUUGCGACAUGAAUAGAGGGCAGCAUGCUUUGCGCUACAACAUCACCACCAGAUACAUAGAUACAUAGGCUUUUGGUAGAUUACAACUUGUAUAUAGUAAUGACCCAAAGCAAGCUCU